GUUUUUACAACAUCUAAGAAUUUCCGGUGUGUACUUCCGGGUAUCUAAAAACGAAAGUAGAAUCAACAGUGGCAAGCAAGGGAAAAGUCACAUAUCACAGGAAAAAUGUCAAACAGAGAAGAGGAGGAUGAAGAAAAACAUGGAGCUACAGCAGCCCAACCACCACAUUCUACCACAGAUGGUUUGUUAAGUUCUUGUUUUCCGCCUAUUCUUGGAAAGAAAAAGUGUUCAUCAGCAAUUGAUGAUGAUGGUGAAGUUUAUUCAAAAGCAAACACAAAAAGUGAAACAACUGAAGGACAGACAUUAGAUGCUGAAAAGCCAGAAGAUGUUAGCAAACAACACAAGGGAGGGAGUCAGGCUAAUGUAAUAGCAGAAGGUAGUCAAAAACAUCAGGGAGGGAGUCAAGCUACUGCAUCAGCAGAGGGUAGCCAAAAACACCAGGGAGUAAGUCAAGCUAAUGUAACAACUGAAGGUAGCCAAAAACAUCAGGGAGGGAGUCAGGCUACUGUAACAGCACAACUGGCACAUCAACAGGGAGGUGCUCAAAAUGUCAUCGAUGAUGAUGAUGAAGAGGAGUGCUUUUAUCCAAUAAAUCAAAACUGCCCUGGUGUGGCUAUUCUUAUUGGACACAGCAAAUUUGAUACAGGUGAAAAAGAAAGGAAAGGUGCUCACAUGGAUCUCAAAAAUACUUUUGAAGUUUUUGAGAGAUUAGGAUUCCUAAUAAACUUUUUCAUGGAUGAAGAGGUCAUGGUCCUUCAGCACAAGUUAAAAGAAUUGGCAAUGUCUGAGAGAGUGAAGAAAGCAGAUUGUUUAGUUUGUGUGGUCAGCACACACGGAAGUGAACAGGAAGUCGGCAAAGGAGAUCGGGACCCACGGCUACCAUCAAAUGUUAAAGUAUUCGAACAUUUCCUGUCCAUGAAAAAUGGGGUCAUCAAAACUAGGGAGUUGAUAGAGAUUUUUGAUGAUUCCCAUUGUAAAGCUUUGAGAGGGAAACCCAAGCUUUUCUUUAUACAGGCCUGCAGAUCUCGUACAGAUAAAUCCCUGCUUCAGUCGAUGGAUCCUGGGAUACAGGUAGACAUUGUAGGUCCAGUGUUACGUCCUCUGCCCACAAACACCACAGAUUUUAUGUCUGGGGCAAGAUCAGCUCUGGAUAAUCAGGGGUCACAACCUCUAUCUGACCAGAGGUCACAGUCUCAGGUUGAUGCCAGAGCAUACAUGGCACCAGUGUUGGAGCGUGAUGGGGAAAUGUAUUACGAGCAUACUCCUCCAUUCCCAUUGUUUGAGGACAUCGUGGAGGUUGUCCCACCCGUCUGCCCCAACAAUUUCCUCAUCAUGUUUGCGACUCCUUCAGAAAUGGUAGCGUGGUCCGAGGACGACAGCGGAGGAUGGCUACUCUCGGCAUUGUACCUGGAGUUUAUUAAACACAUAAGGAAUGGGACACGUAUCGCUCUCCUGCCGACGCUCACUGACGUCAGUCGACAUGUGGCAUACAAAUAUGCAUCGCGUAUGGAAGGCACCGAUUACCACAAAAUGAAGAGUGUACCAUGCUUAGAACACAAACUUACACGUGAUGUGUAUCUUACACCUUCAAAGAAAACAUCUUAUUGAUUAGAGGGCUUUGUUCAAGAAGAUAUCUCAGGGGUGUGAUUCAAGAUUGAAUAAACGAAGAAAAUCAAUGUAAAAAAAAAAAACAGAAAACUUUCACAACUUAUCAGAAAACUGGUUUUUAUAAUGCUUCAGAACAUAUCAAAAACUUUUUAAAAUCAUGAGAUCUUCUAAAAAUGUUACUCAAAUCUGCUUUAGUGGACCGAUAUCUUUUGAAAAAAGAAGUAAUGACACAUCCCUGUAUCUGCAUAAUGGCAGGAAGUUUAUGAAAUUCAUUUGUCUGCAAACAUUCUAAAAAGUGGUUGGAAAUAUUGUCCUGGUGUCUAUAACAGUGGCAAUCUUCUGAAAAGACAAAAAAUUGUCACAUCCCUGUGUCUGGAUAACAGGCUAUGCACCUGUUUUUGAAGCAAUAACAUUUUUUUUUGUGGACAGAUUACCUCCAGACAUAGUGGUAUUUGAUUUACAGUUGUUGACUGCAAUUGAGGGAAACAUCUUUAUUGUUGAACCCAUAAGUAAAAUCGUUUUCUAGAAAUAAUAUUGUAAGUAGAAUGUAUCUCAGUUAUCUGUUGGAGCUUAAAAUGCUUAUGAAGUGCUGAAAUUUGAUUAUACAUGCAGUACAUGUAAUCUUUUUCACAAAUUAAAAUGAUAUGGUAUAUUAUUCAUUAAUUAUUCAAAAUUGUUAUUUAAUAAAUUCUUUAAAAAUAUCUGUUCAUGAUACUUGUGUGAUUUGGCUUACAUAGACUAUUAGAAGCUUGUUAUUACAAGAAAAUCACUUUUGUUUCUUUGGCCAGUUAUAAAGAAAUUAUAGUUUAAUACAUUUUCACUGGUAUACAGUUUUUAUCCGACAGUCUGUACUUGUUAUAAGCCUACCUAUAUAUCCUUCUAUUAUAGCUCGGUAAACUAACAAACAGAGUUCUGUUGUGACAUGCCAACCUUUUACUCGGAGUCAGAGUCCAUAUGUUGGCACCCUGGGCAUAUUACAGGAUAGAUACACUACCAGUAGAUAAUGUUUUCUUUAGAAUUUAGCUCUGUUACGAAUAUUCCUGUAGAUUGUAAUAACAUUGAUAUGUAAACACUGGCUACACAAUGACAUUUCGACUUCAAAAAGGUCAUAAGGUUUGUUUCAUUUGCAUUCUGUCAGAAACUUUGUUGUCGUUACUUUAUAGGCCUAUAAACGGUGAAUAAUCUAGUCUUCUGUACGGGUCUGGUAUUUUUUGUGAGAUUGUGGUUAUUUUUCUUCUAAGAAACUGAUCUAUAGGCCGAUUACUCCAAGCAGUGCUGUUUGUAAAGGUAACCUGUUUAUAGUGACCAUUUUUCUGCCUCCCCUUGAGUGGUCUUUAUAGACAGAUGUGACUGGACAUGUAAAACUUACUAAUUCUGUCACCUGCUUAAAUGAAGAAUAGGGAUAAAGUUUGUCUGCCCUUGGGCAAAUGGAAUCUUUUGUGUUACAAAGUAAACAAAAAAAUUUUAAAUGAAAUUUUUCAAUUGUAAGAUAUCUAUAUAUUGAUGCAUUUCACAGUUAAAUCUGUGCUGUAAGGAUUUGUUAAAGUUGAUGUUCUUGUUAUGAGGAGUCUAGGUUAAUGAAGUACAUGUAUACAACACAACAUUUUUUUAUUCAUCUGAUUUCUUUCAUUAAAACAAGUGCCGUUAUCUUUUAUAUGUCCUGUUUAAUUGAUUAAGCUCCAAGGAUGCAAAGAUGGUCACCUAACUAGCUCAGGCUGGAGGGAAAUUCCCUUUAAUCAAGAAGUAGGGUGUGGAGAGUAUCGGUCACCUAGCUAACUAGCUCAGGCUGGAGGGAAAUUCCCUUUAAUCAAGAAGUAGGGUGUGGAAAGUAUCGGUCACCUAACUAGCUCAGGCUAAAGGGAAAUUCCCUUUAAUCAAGAAGUAGGGUGUGGAGAGUAUCGGUCACCUAACUAGCUCAGGCUAGAGGGAAAUUCCCUUUAAUCAAGAAGUAGGGUGUGGAGAGUAUCGGUCACCUAGCUAACUAGCUCAGGCUAGAGGGAAAUUCCCUUUAAUCAAGAAGUAGGGUGUGGAGAGUAUCGGUCACCUAACUAGCUCAGGCUAAAGGGAAAUUCCCUUUAAUCAAGAAGUAGGGUGUGGAGAGUAUCGGUCACCUAACUAGCUCAGGCUUGAGGGAAUUUCCCUUUAAUCAAGAAGUAGGGUGUGGAGAGUAUCGGUCACCUAACUAGCUCAGGCUAGAGGGAAAUUCCCUUUAAUCAAGAAGUAGGGUGUGGAGAGUAUCGGUCACCUAACUAGCUCAGGCUGGAGGGAAAUUCCCUUUAAUCAAGAAGUAGGGUGUGGAGAGUAUCGGUCACCUAACUAGCUCAGGCUAGAGGGAAAUUCCCUUUAAUCAAGAAGUAGGGUGUGGAGAGUAUCGGUCACCUAACUAGCUCAGGCUAGAGGGAAAUUCCCUUUAAUCAAGUGGUAGGAUCGAUGUCUGCAAAGAGCAUCAGAGGUCAUUAGUUUAAACCCCAGAACAAGUAAAAUGUGUGUGUAUUGAGACCAGAACAAGUAAAAUGUGUGUGUAUUGAGACCAGAACAAGUAAAAUGUGUGUGUAUUGAGACCAGAACUGCUGGAUUUCAGAGAUACAUUUGAAUGAGCUGAAUCUGUCUACACCCUUAUAGAAGCAAUAAUGUAAAUACUCUAAUUACCUAAUAGAUAUAUCUUCUGUCCAUGUAAUAAGCUAGCAUGUUGUCUGGGCAUUUUGGUCUGAAAUACAUCAAACGUAGACAUUUUAAGAAAUUUUAGAGGAAAAACAGUAUCUAUAGAAUUCAUUGUUGUUAAUUUAGAUUAAGACAGAUUUUGUAGUGCAAAUUAGAAUGAAAUUACAUUUUGUAUUAUGAUUUCUCCCUGACCCUGUAUUUGAUGUUAGCCUCUUAAAACUGUAAAUACUGUUAUCACACAUUCUAUCUUGACCACAUGAAGCUCUAUGUUAAAUUUAAGUGUUAUAUACAUCUAUUGUUAUACAUAUCAACAUUCCUAGGGCCAGUUUGAUCAUUAUUCCUUAACUUAAAAAUUGCCAUAGGAGAGCAUAAAUUAAUAUUUGCUAUAUAUAGGAGCUGCAUAAAUUAAAAUUUGUCAUAGGAGAGCAUAAAUUAAAAUUUGUCAUAGGAGAGCAUAAAUUCAAGUUUGCCAUAGGAGAGCAUAAAUUAAUAUUUGCCAUAUAUAGGAGCUGCAUAAAUUAAAAUUUGUCAUAGGAGAGCAUAAAUUCAAGUUUGCCAUAGGAGAGCAUAAAUUCAAAUCUGCCAUAGGAGAGCAUAAAUUAAAAUUUGUCUUAGGAGAGCAUAAAUUAAAAUUUGUCAUAGGAGAGCAUAAAUAAAUUUUCCAUAGAAGAGCAUCACUGAAUUUAAGAUGUAUUCCGUAAGUUAUGUAAUUAUUUCCUAUGGAAAAUUCUAGGUUAAGGAAUUUCCUUAAGUUAUAGUAUACGUUGAGGAAACUGGGCCCUCCUAGAAUUUUUUACAAACCUCAAAACUAACUUUAUUGUGUAUCGUUGUCAUAACAAUAAGUGCCUAUUGUGUCUGUAAGUUGAUUUCAUUGUCAAUAUAAAGUAAUAUACAUUAUCAAUAUAAUGUAUCUGGCAUUUCAUGUUUUCAUUGUCUAUAUAAAGUAAUAUACAUUAUCAAUAUAAUGUAUCUGGCAUUGCAUGUUUUCAUUGUCAAUAUAAAGUAAUAUACAUCGAGUAUCAUUAUAAUGUAUCUGGCAUUGCAAGUUUUCAUCCAUGUGAACUAUUACAAUCUUUAAAAUCGAAAGGUUCUCGAUCAUAUAUUAACAUGUGCACACUGGAAUUUCAACAAUGCUGAAUAUCUAGUAAAAGCUGCUCCAAUAUCUCAAAAUAAUUAAUUUUAAACCAAAUUGUCUACCUUAUUGUUACAUGUCUAUUUUCUCUCUAAAUUUGUUUGUUUAAAUAUUUUUGUCUUUAAAAGGUUUUUAAUGGAAAUUACUCUCUCUGACUCUCAAAAACUGAGAUUAUAUUGUAUCAUAGUAUUAUUACGAGGAAAAAGGUUGGUAUUGAAAUGUGCAUUUCCUUAUUAGUUUUAAUUUCUUAUUCAUUUAUAAAAUUGUAUUGAUGCAUGUAAGUAUCUUCGCAUAAAUGUUAAUAGAAAUAAUAUUCCCAAAAGAUUUGAUUAAGUAAUGAAAAUACAACGGUAGUGUUUUAAUUUUAAGAAUUUCACUUCAUGACAAGGCCAGUCUUAAGUGAAGAAUCAAGGCUGUAUAACAGGAAAUUCUGUUUAAAUUGUAUCCUAUUUUACACUCUUCACAUUGUACAUGUAUUUUAUGCUGUUCUGUCCAAAUUUAAGCUGUGCAAUUAGCUUGGUGAAAUUUAUAUAGAAUAUAAAUUAAACUGAAAACUAAAAAUAUUGAAUUCUGCUUUGUUAUGCGAAAUAAACAUAGCAUCAUA